UUGAAAAUUAUACACAAAUUUCAAUAGUUUUCUGUUUCAUGGUAUUGAAGCAAUAUAAAUGUGUUUUUAUUGCAGUAUGCGAUAGAAAACAUUUAUUCUUCAUGUUUAUUCGGAUCAGUAUAAAUCAUCACUUCAUAACAAGUAUUUUUUAACAUCGUUGUUGUCGUAAUAUUUCCAUUAUUUUAUUAGAGGUGUGACGUAAAUAACAAUUGUUAAACAAACUUUGUUUUGGUAUAAAAAUAUCAUUUAUCUAAUAAAAUGAGUGACGAUUUAACAAAGGAGCAAAUAGCUCUUCUUCGCAAUGCAUUUAAUGCUUUUGAUCCAGAAAAAAAUGGGUAUAUCAAUACAGCUAUGGUUGGAACGAUUCUGAGUAUGUUGGGUCACCAGCUCGAUGAUGCAACCUUAGCUGACAUUAUUGCCGAAGUGGAUGAAGAUGGGUCUGGUCAAAUAGAAUUUGAGGAGUUCACGACUUUAGCUGCUAGAUUUCUUGUUGAAGAAGAUGCAGAGGCUAUGAUGGCCGAAUUAAAAGAAGCGUUUAGGCUGUAUGACAAGGAAGGUAAUGGAUAUAUAACUACGGGAGUUUUGCGUGAAAUUCUUCGAGAAUUAGAUGACAAAUUGACUAAUGAUGAUCUUGACAUGAUGAUCGAAGAGAUAGAUUCUGAUGGAUCAGGAACCGUUGACUUUGAUGAAUUCAUGGAAGUUAUGACUGGUGGUGAUGAUUAAUAAUGUAAUGCUGAUAAUAAAUUGAAAACAUACAUUGAAUAAUUAAA